AAAGCCCGAAAUAAGCAGGUGCGUGUGCCACUUCAUUUGAAAGCACAACUGCGAUAAGAUGAACCCACCGUCGUCUGUUCCAAAUACUGUCACUUUUUUUUUUUGUUUUUGUUGUCAAUGACGGUAUUUGACUCGUUUUAUUUCCUGGAUACUCCUCGUGCUGCACGUGACGCGGAAGGAAAAAGAAAAUAACGGUUUGCUUCUUGGCUUUUUUUUCCUCCAUGGGAUAAACUUCUCACAAGUCGAAACACAGCCUUGCAAGGUGUUGUUGUUUUGCUUGUGGUUGACAACAUGGAGGCAAGAGGAAAGUAUGACUUCACGGCUACAUCGGCUGGUGAGCUCAACUUUAAGAAGGACGAUGUGUUCAAGAUUUUAAGCACGCAUGGCGACUGGUACAAAGCUGAGAUGCUCGGACACGAAGGCUUCGUCCCCAAAAACUAUGUAGACUUGACCGCUCCCGGAUGGUUCCAGGAGAACGCCACUCGCGGUGCGGCCGAGCAAAUCCUCAGCACCAAACCCAUCGGAGACUUCGUCAUCCGAGGAUGCCAAAGUUCACCUGGAAACUUCUCAAUCUCCGUCAAGCACGAGUGCGACGUGCAGCACUUCAAGGUCAUCCGCGACGAGCGAGGUCACUAUUUCCUGUGGGCCGAGAGAUUCACGUCCCUCAACAAGUUGGUGGACUUCUACAAGACCACUUCCAUCUCCAAAACCACCAGCAUCUUCCUCAAUGUCGACGACUCCAUCAGAACAACGCCUGGCACCCAAACGGCGAAGGGCGGACGUUUACCCAAACAGCAAAGCAUAGCCGACAACAUGGCCGCUGCCGCCGCGCGACCAGUCACCGAUCAGCCUCAGCACAGUCACAUGCCGAGGGGACGUGGCUCGGAGGAGCACAUGGAGAGCGUCGUCCAAUCAGGAAGAAGAAGCCCGAUCGGUGCAGCUCAAGCUCCUGACAGCGCCCACCUUCACCAGCAGAAGGCGACGCCACCGCAACAGGUUUUGGCUUUGUACGACUUCAGUGCCGAAGAAGACGACGAGUUGAGCUUCUGCGCCGGCGACGUCAUCAACAUCACCGACGCCUCCGAUCCCGCCUGGUGGACGGGACGAUGCGGCGGCAGGAGAGGUCUCUUUCCGGCAAACUACACCAAACCCUUUUGAUGCAGAAGUAGAAGAAGGGGGAGGAGCCAAGGCAGGCUCAAUUCAUUAGGUACAGCAGAAAUGUUUCAAAAUAAAGGGACAAAAUUU